AGCCUCACCCCCUCCACAGAUGUGUGAGAGCCUUCUCUUUCCCGGAACUCCUUCCCCCCUACCUAUAUCUAUACUAUUAUCCUAAUAAUAUUAUGAUAUUGUCACUUCAAACUCCUCUCCCUACUCCUCCCCACCAUAAGUCGUGAAUUAUAAUUACACAUUCACUCCUAUUGAACCCUCCCUCUUGAAUAGGGCUCUACAAGUGCAGGAGAACUGACCUGAUCACCCCACCUUAUCUACUUCCUCCGUUCACCUCACAUUCUCCUAUUGAUCAACAAUCAUGGUUCUCGACUACUCAAAGUGGGAGAAGUAGGUACCCGUCGGUUAAUUAUCGCUGUUUACAGCUUUUCAAGCUAACCCAUAACACAGUAUCGAACUCUCCGACGAUUCAGACAUCGAAGUUCACCGUGAGCCCCACCAAAUCGGAACCCCUCCUCUUCCGAACCUUCGAGGCGAACCCUCUAGCUAACUGUCACACCCAACAGCAAAUGUCGACAAGCGCUCUUUCAUUAAUGCCAAACGGCGACAGAUUCACGAGCAGCGCGCUAUGCGAAAACAGCAGAUUACGAAUCUCCGUAUCGAGCUUUCAAUGAAUGAUGUUCUCCUCUCCCGUGUUUCGAAGCUUAUAUCCACUCUGGACGCCGGAUCAAAGAGCUCCAGAUCCCCUGAAGAGAUUGUGUUCCAAUCCCUCAUGGACAUCUCCUCCGCCGACAGCAAUCCCCAGGAAUUUACCCCUCCGGAGGGCACCCCUUCGUAUGCACAGGUGAUGGCCUCGCUUGUCGAUUCAAUAAAGAAAGAGAUAGACGAGGAGAAGCCGGAUGACCGCUGGACAGCCUUUUUGAACAAGCUCAAGGAGCACAAGACCGAGCUCGCAGGUGCGUACGAGGAUUCCGGAAAGAGAUUGGCAGACCUGGAGAAGGAAGACAACGCAAAAAUCACCAGCGACAGUAUUCACGAUGGCUUUUCCGCCGGACACGUUACCAAGGAAGCUCCGCCCCCGAAGAAGGAACCGGCAAAGAAGACACAGAAAGUUCAAGCCGUUGAGCAGCUGAACCCAGGUGUCAAGGCCAAGGGACCCUCGGCAACAGACCCAUCCUCCGGUGCGGAUGCAGACGUCGAAGAAAGCGGUGACGAGGCUGAUGAAGAUGAAGACCAUAUUGAGCCAACAGCACUCGGCAAGGAAUUCUCGCGUAUCAAAAUGGGCGACUACCGCGCGUGCAUGGAGUUCAUCUCCCGUAAUCCAGCUGUUGUGGCUGAGAAGGAAACCGACGGCCUUCUAAUUGAAGCUUUCAACUCGCAAAUCGCUGGGAAAGAAGACUACGCAAAGCAAUGCGUCCACCAAGCUCUCCUUCUACAGUACUGUCGCCAGCUCGGACGUGACGGCGUAGCCCUAUUUUUCAGAAGGCACAUAUAAACCCCCCCAUCAUCAAUCACAGCAAUCAUACUAACAGUCGGUAGGAUAACCACCUCAAACCACCAAGCCCAAAAUGUCUUCCACGAAGACGUUACCACAACCUACGCACGAAUCCGCGAGCGCGCAGCAGCAAUCGCAACCGAGCGCUCAAACGAAAACGCCGAGCAAAUUCAACUCCACGCCGUGGACCCGAACACUCAGAUCUCAAUCGCUGUGCCAUCGGCCGACAGUGAGGACUCUGGUAUCCAAAAGUCCCGCGUGAUCUUUAAAUCCUUCCCUCCCGGAUUGCAGCGCGCUCUCGAGAGCGGUAGUCUAGACGAGGUCAACAAGGUCCUCGGGAAAAUGAGCGUAGAAGAGGCGGAAGAAGUGGUGGGACAACUAGGAGAGGGGGGCAUGCUUUCUCUGGAACCACAGAUCAUCGACGCUACUACCCAAGAGGGGCAGCAAGUGCUCAGGAAGAUUGAGGAGGAGGAGCGCGCGGCGAAGGCGAACGUGUCGAGUUCUUCAGAUAUCACGGCGACGGACGGGAAAGGAAAGGGCAAGGAAGUAGAGACAUUGAAGGAGGAAGAUCUAGCCAAGGAGAUUGACUAAAAUACUUUUCUCGCCCCCCCCCCAGUCUCAUUGAUAUUAUAAUUCCGCUGGGUUUUUGCUUUUUCUUUCUUGGUCCGGCUGGUUUACUGUGUAGUUUUUCAUCCCCGUUCAUUCAAGUCUAGUCUGUCGAGUCUUGCCCAGGUCACAUGCAUCAUGUCUGGGAGCAAGAGUCGGGUAGGGAAGUCAGUCGUUCUGUCACUUUUUAAGAGAAGUAAUUGAACUCGAAUUACUUGGCGCGCUACUAUACUCGAGUAUCUUUCUUUUCAUCUAUCGGCAGUCUCUUGCUUGGCCAAGCAGCGCCUCGUCAGGGUUCACGCCCGGCAUGUGGCCCAAUGGGUAUUUCUCACUGCACUCCACUCAUCUACUCGAGUACAUGAGCACCCCUUGGAUCGGAUCCCCUAGCCUUGAUAUGCUAGCAAUCUUAUCAGGUGAUCAGCACGAGUGAUGAGCUAUGAACCAUUACCACCAGUCCAAGUAUGAUACCCUGCUGAUAAAUGGCUCCGGAUUCGAUUCUAUUGCUUUUCUCCGUGGCCGUAGUCUAACAGACAUUGAAUACCAGAUAUACCCCGAAGAAGGACAAAUUCACCGCGGACGAUCACAAAACCCCUUCUUGAAGAUGAUUAAUCACCGCCGGGGUAUCGGUUAGCUUCGGUUGUGAGGGAAAAGACCUUUAGCAGCCCGAAACGAUAAACAAAGCGGGGGGGGACGGGGUUACCACGAUAGCACGAUUCCGCAUCCGCGAUAUGCGACGACCUCGUUCAUGGUACGAGUACAGUACUGUACUCGAGGGGUAUUCAAAGUUGAAAAAGUUGGACAAGUGUCAGCUUACCUUGAUGUUACAGUACAUGCAAGCUUGGCGUGCCCGGAAAUUAUUAACUUACCAUUACUUGGCCGUUUUCAAAAGCACCCGGAAAUCGGGCUCGACUCGGCAGUUAUCGUCCCCUUCGGUCUAACUACUAGUACGUACUCGAAUACAAGUAGAAGAAUCAAGAUGGCAAAGUAGUGUAAAUGCUCAAGGAGCACUGCCAGAGGUUUCUGCCGCAUUUUGCCACUCACUCUUGCACCCAAUGAAGGAAAUAGCGCGGCUGUGCGUACUGCCAAGCCACUUACCCAAUCUCCGGAUACUUUUGAAAACGGCAAGCACUUCACCCCACUCUACAAGUACCAGUACUCCUACAAUACUUUUUUCAUGGAGGCCAAGAGGUCCAUAACUUGAGUAAAACACCAUGUAACAAAAUUUACCAGAACACAGAAAUAAUGCACAAAGCCAAAAUAAUAUUUUAAAACAUCCAAAUGAACUCUUAAAAUAUGAUAGUGUGCCUUGAGAACAAUUAUCUAUUUUUCUUCAGCAAAAAAAAUCUCUCAAUAUUGAUUCUCCACUAAUGUGAACAGAAUUUUGAAAAACAACAUUGGUAGAAUCCCAAUAAACUUUGACACUCUAUCUCAAUGGCACAUAUCAUGGCACACUCAAGCAUGCUACCCAAAAUGCAUAAACACUAUUGGCUAACACCACAAAGUAACCCAAUGCAGCUUCCCAU